CACAGAUGGAGCAGGACGGGAAACUGAGAGACGAGCCCCUCUGGUAGCGGCGGGAAGCAUCCUCUGAAAUAGAAACAUAAGCUGCCCCUUCUGCAGCAGAAACGGAAAAACGGACGCAAGAAAAAAAGCAACAACAAAACCGAGAGUUUUGCACAGUGUCGUGCUGCUUUCGCGUUUAAUAUCACGGAAGAGUCGGGGAAGGUUGUGAGUGAGUGAGUGAGUGAGGGGGUGGAUCUUUGCAGAGAAUGAAAUCCAAGGCGCUUGUUGUCCCAAGUGAAUUCAUUUGAAGAGCUUGCAGAGACACAGAGCGACCGGGAUGCCGCGCAACAUCGCUCCUAUUCAUCCGCGAGGUUAAGUUUUCCUGAGCACCCUCCUUCCGUGUGAGUGUGUGUCUGAGUGUGUGUGUUAUGGCGUCUGUGAUGGACGAUUCCUACCGUAAGGUGCUGUUGCUAGGGGCCAUCGCUGCAGCGUCAGCCUUUGUGGUCACCAUCGUCAUCGUGGUGGUUUGUGUGGGCUGCCAAAGGAAAAACAAGACCAAGCAUCCUCCGGCCGAUGGAGAGAAGGGCUCCUCAGCAGACACGGGUGCUCUCCGUCAGCCCAAGAACAGCUCCAUGAGUAAAUCUGACACUAGGCUGCAUGAGAUCAACCGCUUGCCCCGCAACGGCAACAGUGGGGGUAAGAACCGUCCUGCCAGUAUGGACCUUCUCCUCCUCCACAGCCAUCGCUCCACCUCUGACCUCCGCCCCCCACUUGUCCGCCAGCUCCCCCAGAUCCCCACCAGCCCCGAGGGGGAGGGAGACCCAGUGGGAGGAGACAUGCAGAAGGGAGGAGAAGAGGGGGUCAGAGACCACACCUACACUGAGGUGGSGAUCCGGAACUCGCCCGUCCGUUGCUUAAACGAUGGGCUGUACGAGAGUGUAGGGAUCAGAGAGGUGGACACGGUGCCCCCAGUUCCCCCACCCACAUCAGCCAACACCCCAGCAACACUCACGACCUCACAGAGCCCCAAUGGGACCCGCACUGACGAUGUCCGCAAUGGGAACAGAAACAGGAAUGGGAAUGGAAAUGCCAGAGGAGCUGUUAAUGGGAGUAGCAGAGGAGGAGGGAAGGGGCCCAACGGUGCGGCCCUGGCCUCCCUCCCCUCCCUGGCCCCCCAGGACCCCGUAACGGCAGAGUAUGCCUCCAUACGGAAGGUCAAGAAGGAGGCAGUGUUCAUGGGAAACGGGGAGCAGUACAUCUGGAAGCCCCCGGAGGACAAUGACAUCGUCAUCUUGCACCCAGCGCCUAUACCCCCGGGGGAGAACGGACAGGGACACACACCCACAGCCAUGGAGAUUUCUGACACCUACUCCACUGUGUGUAAAAGCCAGAAGAAGAAACCUCCCCCAGACAACAACGGAGCCAAGACCCUCCCCCACAACCAGUGCUCUGUGGAGGAGAAUGGAGGAGGUGGGGGAGGAGGAGCAGGAGGRAAUGGGACGUGGGUCGGUCCYGGGGGAGGGGUGAGGGGUCGUGGCYGGGGGGUCCAGGGUGGUCAGGCCCGAUCCCACGAGGAGCCCUGCUACGCGCCAGUUGGCGACAGGUCCUGGCCCGCCUGUGUGGUAGCCAAGUCUGACCCGGCGUACGCCACUAUAGACUCCCACCGGAAACGUGCGCAGGCAGGUACCAAUAUCGGUGUACUGGGGUCAAACGCCACACUGAAGCCCAAGAAGAAGCCUCCUCAGCAGGAAGCACCGUCUCCCGGGGCCCCGGGCCCCCAGGGACCUCCAGCAGGUCCCCCGGCCCCUCUAACCAAGGCCCUGCCUGGGGGGGAGAACUUCUAUGAGACCAUCAGCGAUGUGAAACAGGGGGCCAACAGUGCCAGCACCACCACCAUCUUCACCUUCAACGACGGGAUGGAGAUGUACGUCACUGGCCUGUAGCUGAGAGACACUGGCUCACACACUGUGUGGUUCAGACCUGUUUGGGUUCUUCUGACCCUGUCUACACCUGGUAUGAGCUAUGAAAGGGACUGUAACAAUGUAUAUAGCAAUGAGACCCACUGGUGAAACCAAGCAUCGGUUGUCACUUUCAUAAUACAAUGUCUCCAGUGAUAGGAUUAUGGCCACAUCCAGUGAUAAAAGAAGAAGACAAUGUUUGGAGGCAUUCACCAGGUUUAGACAAGGUCUCUGACACCAGACCCAACCAGUGGUGGAAAUUGACUUUUUGGUUCACUGACUGGGGGAUUCCAGAUAGGGGUUCCAGUGCCAGUCGUAGCUUUGAAAGGAACCCAGUUCCAGGGGUUCCUCCUCAUUUACACCACUGGACCAACAGAACCAGAACUACUGUACGUCUUUGAGAUGUAUCACAGAGCCAGUCUGGCUAACCCGAGCAUGAAUCAUUCGAGCCAGACUCCCAACAACAUGUCCAACAAGACCAGACUGAGCAUCACGUUUUGCACUGGAUAACAGUGUCACUAUUCACUUUACCUUACCUUACACACCCAUUUGUGUGACAUUUUACAUAUAUAUUUAUUUUUGUAUAAAGAUGGUACCCUUAAUAAAGCAUGCCCUGUACAGAACACACGACAUGACACACAAUCACAGAUACACGUGCAAACACACACACACACACACACACACUGUAGCGCAAACAUUGUUGUGCAUGAAAACACACAUUCUCACAAAGAGGACAGAGGAAAGAAGUGUGGAGACACCAGGGUGGCUUCACUUAGAAGUCCCAACCCCCUGAUGACACUAUCGGUGGUGUCACUGGUGGCGUCACUCAAAAGACUACUGACUAACUACAUUAGGAGUAUUUUUCUACGGCAAUACAGUGGUAAUACAGGCCUAGUUCACACAUUUUUUUUAUCUUUUUUUGUUAAUAAUUAUUAUUAAAUACAUUUCGAUUGAUCAGGUAGCACCCCUACUUCCCUCGGCUAUGUUUAUAUCAUUCCUUUCUGUUCCUUUUUAAACCUCUGAAAUAUAUAUCUUUUUUUUAAAAUUUUGCUCAACAUUAAAUGACUUCGCCAAUCAGUGCGGAUGGAGCAGAUUGCUAUGGAGCGGGCAAGCUAUUUACAUGCAUCGGACAGACAAGUGUAGUGCACAAUAUGGACUGAAAUUUGGCCGGUGGGGAGUGAAGCGAGAGAGGGUGGAGAAGGAUUGGCUUGAUGCGCUGGGCAUCUUGUUGUUAUGAUAUGCAUUAUCGGAAUUAGGGCCACAGAAUUUGACCUACGGAGGAGUGGCUUCUAUGAAGGAACUUAGAAUGUUUUUGAACUUCAGAGAGUUGGCUUAACAUUGGACCAGAACUAGCUAGCUAGCUAGCUAACACGCUUCUGUGUGCAGAGUGGCACCAGAAUGAAAAGAAAAACAUGUCUGACCUUUUUGUCGUUAAUAAAUGUGAAAAGUGAUAAUUMUAGUAUCCUUAACUAUCAUUGAAAAGGUUAAUCUAUUCUUCUCUAAUAAAAACAUCUCUCUCUAAUUUCUGAAUCACACUUGUAACAUCAGUACUAGACUACUAGACUAUACUUCGGAGGGGGAAGGACAGGUUGCCUACACAUGCACACACACUGACAAAGAUUUUCAGCUGGCAGGAAUACGUUUCUGAGUGACAUAGUGAGGGCUUUGCGUAGGCGCUUUGUUGCGUUUUUUGUGGGACUGGGAAAAAAUGCCCGGAACGUAAGAUAACAUUAUUAACCGGUUCCCAUGCUUUUAAAAUAACAGUUCUGUUCCRGAAUAGUAUAUAUUAGUUUCAUUUGCGGUUCUGAUUCUGUUCCUCUAAAUGUUUUGUUAUUUUCCAGUUUUUCGGUUCUGUUCUCUGAAUCGGUUCCAACCCCUGACGGUAAAAUGCUCUAACCUGGAGGAGGCGCUCUUGUCUCGAACCCAACACUUUCCUGUACAACCUUUACUUUUUGGUGUUCAAGGUAGAAUUUGCCCCGAGCCACAGAUCUACAGCACAUACAUACAGUACACUGAAGAUGUCUUGUAACUGUAAGUGGCUUUGGAUGAAAACGUUAUGGUAGUAAGGGAGUAUACUGUAUAGGUCUACAUAGAGCAAUCACUAUAGAUCUGAAAUACAUCUAUCAGACUUACAUGCAGGGAUUUUGAGCAACUUUAUUUUAAUCUUGUAGAUAUUAGUCUUGUAGAGUUGUAUUGAGCUCAUCCGGGUUGAUAGGUCAGGGUAAAAUGGCCACCGUUGUUCUUGUUGUCAGUGGUGACAGAGUUCAAGCAAAGCAGUGGUCCACCUCAAGUUGCCUCACAAUGUUAAUUCCAUCCAGAACUACUGAGCUUUGACCACAGUGACUGACCACAGAGCAACAACUGACAAACUUAUAGGGAUAGUUCAACCCCACACCUAAGUCUUCCCUUUUCACAUCUCAAAAGUGGUCUAAUGUUGAGUUGAAUUCAUAUACCACAAGGUCUGUGGUGUAGAGCCUUCAAGAGAAAUUCACAGGACUUAUGGUACAGACAGACAGAGAAAUCGGACUGCCGAUAGGUACUUAGCACAGUAGAAGGCUGCAAGGGCAUAACAUUUACAACCUUAAUCGAUGUGCUUGCUCGUGCUCAAAYAUUUUUGAUGGGCUUCAUAGUAAAGACACUGUGCACCCGUCAUUUGAAUGGAAAGGGACAUUUACAAACACCAUAAGUGUAAUGACAUUCGGCCUACAAGUGGUGUGUAUUCAUGGAUGCCAAGAGAAGCCAGGCUUCCCUCUGGAAUAUAAAAAUUAAUACAAUGAUUUCUCAUUAGUCUAUUCGUGUUUAAUAAUUUUCCGUAAAUUCUCAAGAGGCUGAAUCUAUUUCACCGGAGCGAGGGAAACAGCGCCUCUCUGGGCCAUCCCCUGGACACGCCACUAGGAGGCCAUUCCUUCUCUUUCUAGAACAAAAGAUGUCCCUGCUGUGUGCCGACCUGGUGCUGACAAACUUGCGGUUUCUACUUGUAGAAUCUCAAUGCUCGUCAGUGGCCUUGAACUUAACUUUGACCCAAUCAGAGAGCACAAACCUCCACAUGGGGGAGCCGACAAAAGUGACAAGAAAUAGGAAAAAAAUAGGGACAUUUCCCGGUGUAAUCUUCCACCUUUUCAUCAGAAUUGUCCUAACUAAAAGAAUAAAGCUGCAAAAUGCAUAUUUUUUUCUUGAGCAAGUCUUGACAUCUUUUAUGUCUAGGAGUUUUAGUUAGGUUCAGUUUGAUAAUGUGCACCUGCUCAAUAGUUAGCUGCCUAGCUAACAUUAGGAGUUUUGUGCUUGAAGAAGGAUUUUUAGUUAAGUUCAGUUUGAUAAUGUGCACCUGCUCAAUAGUUAGCUAGCUAGCUAAGGAGUUUCGUGCUUGAAGAAGGAAUUUUUGUUAGGUUCAGUUUGAUAAUGUGACCUGCUCAAUAGUUAGCUAGCUAGCUAAGGAGUUUUGUGCUUGAAGAAGGAUUUUUAGUUAGGUUCAGUUUGAUAAUGUGCACCUGCUCAAUAGUUAGCUAGCUAGCUAAGUAGUUUUGUGCUUGAAGAAGGAUUUUUAGUUAGGUUCAGUUUGAUAAUGUGCACCUGCUCAAUAGUUAGCUAGCUAGCUAACAUUAGCUUGCUAACUGAGCCAGGCACUCACACACACUUCAUUUGAAACAAAUAGGGUUGGUAAGUACAUAUGGUGACAACAUUUAAUAUACCCAAAUGAGGGACAACAAGAUGAUUUUUGCAGGACAUUUGCGGGACAGUGUAUAGCCUACAUGGAACUUUUGUGGGCAGGGCAGCACAAAACCCACCCCCCAAAAAUACCCUCAAACACCAAGUUAGGCAUACCAUAUUUAAAAAUAGACCAUCACUGUCAAUUGUGACUGAUAAAUCUUCACGGUUUACCAGUGAAAUGUCCAAACUGCAUCUGUAUGCCAAUAAUUUAAUCUCAAUCAGUUUCAUGGGAAUAUGCAUUAAGAUCUUGAAUUACUGUUUCGUGACUAAAUUAGAGCUGAUGGUGUUAACAAACUAUAUAGCCUUCCUGUAUUUUGACUUUUAGACACAUUAUCUUUUUUUUGUUACUAUUCAGCUGACCAUCCUAAAAUCGCAUAAGAAAUGAGAUGSUGUUUUUGGUGUAACAAUAACUUUAUGAUAUUAUAUUUGGGUCUGUUAUGUAGAACACAAAUGAUCAUUAUGUGAUCUUCCAAGACAUUGAUUGAGCUUUGAUCUAACUUUACUACAGAGCCGGCGCCAGAACGAAUCAGUUGGACGGGCAUUUGAUUUCCAUAAGGGGGCAUGUUUUUUCACAGGAAUUAUGUGCUUUUUUUUAAUGGGUUUUAUAGUAAAGACAUGUMAUUUAACCAUUUAAUGUGGCAUGAACACAACUUGUCUUCAUCUGCUUGUCAAACAAAUCACUUCAAAAAGUAGG